UAAAAAGAGAAGCUUGUUUUGACGCACCAAGUUAAACUGCUUUUUGGGAGGCCCAGCGCCACCAAUACCGAGAAUACAACAUAUGAUGAAGGAAUCGUUACUUUGGACCAUUGUGCCAUUCCUGGCUAUUGUUUUAAGUCUUGAGGCUGUUACAGGGUCUAGACUUGUCAAGGCGUAUGAAGUUGGAUCUAGUCGAAUUGAUGCCCAUAUCUGUGGCGAUCAUAUCACAGAAGUCUACACAAAAGUGUGUAUUGACGAAUCUGUUGGAAAGAGGAAACGUAGAUCGCCUUUGAUGGAAGAAAAGGAGGCACUAAGUUUUAUACAUUCUGAAAGCAAUGGAAGUCUACGAAAAGCACGUCCAGUUAGAACUGUUAAUAUUGUUGAGGAGUGUUGUAGAGAGGGUUGCACUAUCGGUGAAUUGAAGGAAUAUUGUUGAAGUAACUGCAGGCAAAUUUACAUGACAGUGGCAAAAUAGGUUCUAAGGAGUAUUUAUCUUGGAAAU